UGCAGUUGGUAUGGAUGACACGAAGGUGUGGAGAGAACAGCUCCCCUGUUGGUAAGGCCGUGAGGAGACUCCAGCUAUGUGACAAGCCCUGGCGGAUGUCUCUCCGACCACUUCAAUGCAGUUUCACCCCCAUUUUUGCAUGGACACUCAAUCACCCCACCAAGAAUUCUGUAAUCUGUUGAGGCAUUGUUGUCUGCCCCUGUGAGACGGCUUUUGCAACUGAUGUGAGCUUGGGAGUUAAUGGUAUUGAUGAUGUCUUGCUCCUAAGAAGGCAGAAGAUAUAAACAGAAGGUGUUUGAGCAGGCUACAGAUCUGAGAAGGCAGAAUUAAUAAACAAAAGGCAUUUGGCCAGGCCACAGAUUUCAAAGGCAAUGGAUCUGAAACACCAGCGUGUGGCAUUAAAUGAUGGUCAUUCCAUUCCUGUGCUGGGAUUUGGCACCUUUGCUUCUUCAGAGAAUCCUAAGAGUGAGGCUGUGGACGCCAUCAGAAAAGCUAUAGAUGCUGGAUUUCGCCAUAUUGAUGCUGCUUAUGCCUACCAAAAUGAGGAAGAAGUUGGCCAGGCCAUCCGUAGCAAGAUUGCAGAUGGCACUGUGAAAAGAGAAGACAUAUUCUACACUUCUAAGCUUUGGUCCACUUUCCAUCGACCAGAGCUGGUUCGAACAUGCUUGGAACAGUCACUGAAAAAACUUCAACUGGACUAUAUUGAUCUCUAUAUUAUUCACUUCCCAGUACCUAUGAAGCCUGGUGAGGAUAUAGUUCCAAAAGAUGAAAACGGAAAAGUAAUAUUUGACACAGUGGAUCUCUGUGCCACUUGGGAGGCCAUGGAAAAGUGCAAGGAUGCAGGGCUGGUGAAGUCCAUCGGGGUUUCCAACUUCAACCGCAGACUGUUGGAGAUGAUUUUGAACAAGCCAGGCCUCAAGUACAAGCCUGUCUGCAACCAGGUGGAAUGUCAUCUGUAUCUCAACCAGAGCAAACUGUUGAACUUCUGCAAAUCCAAAGGCAUUGUUCUUGUUGCCUAUAGUGCUCUGGGAUCACACCGACUUCCACAAUGGGUGGAUCAGAAUUCCCCAGUACUACUGGAAGACCCAGUGAUUUCUGCCAUGGCCAAAAAGCAUAAACGAUCUCCAGCCCAGAUUGCCCUUCGCUACCAGCUGCAGCGUGGGGUGGUGGUCCUGGCCAAGAGCUUCAAUGAGAAGCGGAUCAAGGAGAAUGCCCAGAUUUUUGACUUUGAAUUGCCUUCAGAGGAUAUGAAAACACUAGAUGGCUUGGAUAAAAAUCUUCGCUAUUCUCACCUUGAAUUUGGUAUUGGACAUCCAAAUUACCCAUUUUCUGAUGAAUAUUAACAUGGAAGACUUUUUUUCUGGGAUCUACCCCAAAUCUAAGUGCAUCAUGCUUCAGGAGACGCGUCGGAUUCCGACGACUCGGCACCUCACUUCGGGUUCAUCUAUGAAGCUUCACAACUCACUCUGGGCUAUAGCCGUAUCCACAGGCAUAGUCACGGCAAUCAUUUUUUUUUUAUCACUUUAUAAAAAUUUUUAAAUGCUGAUUUAUUAAAGCUUCUUAUCUUCCAUUGUGUCUGCU